CGCGUCUCCAGAUCGAUCUGAACCAGGCCUGUCGACAGCGCUCGGAUGUGAGAGGAGCGCUCAGACACGGCCUGCCUUGUGCCCAUUGGCUGUCGGCGAGGGCGAUGUCGUCUCCAAGUUGCCCAAGGAGCCGGAGCCGGCCUGGCCUGGGCCGUGGGCCGUUUAAGCCCGAGCGAUCGCAGAUGGGCAGGGGAGCGCUUCUGCAUCACCAUGUUCCUCACGUUGGACGAGCGAAGCCACUGCCCACCUGGGCAUCUUUGUCUUCGGGAGGAAACUGGCUGUGGCUACCCGUCGCCGCCCAGCCAGGCUCAAGAGCCAGCCACAAAAAGGAAAGCGGGCGAGGUGUAGGUGGCCCAAGGUAGGGCCCAAGUUCCCUGGGCCCAGGGCAGGACAGUUGAUUUCUUUCCCCCCGUCUUUCCUCGCGUCUUGUCUUCUCUCUGCCACCUCUGUCUGGUCGUCUGGUCGUCGUCUGGUCUUGUGGUCGUCUGCGCUGCCGUCCGUUGUCGAGCAAGAUUAUUGAGUUUGUCGGUUCCCCGGGCAUCGACUUGGCCCUACCGUCACCGUCACGGCCAUCCUUCACGUUGCAUUCACCAAUCUCACCCUGUUACUUCCUGGCCUGCAUAAUUACGCUCGUUGUCGAAUUGCCACACUCGAUACCCUGAUUUGGUCAUUCACGAGCGUUGCGACCCCUGCCGUCACAAGUAUAAGACAGUCGGCCGCUCAUCAGACUUGAUACACCCCGUACCCGUGCCCGAACCCGUGCCCGGUCUCUUGCUCGCCGUCUGGAGCCAGCCGACAUGGAAACUCAAAAUCCUUGUUACGGGACUCUGGUGGCUCUCGAAGGCUCACCUGAUGCCGUCAAAACGCAGCUGAACUUAUUACCAGCAUCGCCUCAACUGCUGGUCCUGCCCAGUUUGCAGAGCUACAUGGGGAACCCCGGUGACGGCACAUUCCAUGCACGUUCGUUGAUCAAGCAAGUGCACAAUGCUGCAAACAAGAGGCAAGAGGACGCCGUCCGAUUCUUACAACAUGCAACCCCCACCAACAAAAGGCUGGUCUUCCUGAACGGCGGCACCGCAAGUGCCGUCUCCUACUGCAUAACAGCCAUCAGCGAAAACCAGACGUCCGGAGACAUCCACGAGGCAGAAUUGAUGUUUAGGAAUAUCGCUCUCGAGGGGCUCAGGGGCUUGGAUCGUGAGGACAAGCACUCAGAUGAGGCGACACUGUGCAUGUUGGGCAGGGAAAAGAUUUCUGGCGAGUCAAUCUUGGGCAUCGAGGAACCCGAAGACCCGAUCACCAGGGCGAUGAGGGCAGCUGAUAUGCUCUACAAAGAGACGGAUUCCCUGCAACCGAUCGACUGCUACAUCAGGACCCGGCCGCGGAGCCUGAGCCUGCCUAUGUAUGGAUAUUCGGAUGGAACGGGCGAACCAUCGCCCUUCUUUGUUUUUGGGCCGGCACCUCACGACGACACCCAGUCGCACUCGGAAGACGACAACAACAACCUGGUGGACUGUCGGGGCAUGGCAGAGGACGAGUUCGCGAAGCUCUGUGCCAUCAAGUUCCAGACUGAUGCCUCUGGUGAGGACCUGCCCGCCCUAGAUCAUUCAGCAGACUGUACAGGCGAGUCUUACUGUGUCGCAGAGGCAAGAUCCUCGACCCGUAGGUCGGACGCCUUGUUGUCGCCUCCUGCGACGCCGGAUGGCGUUGUCUAUGGUGAGGCACGGGUGGUGCAGAUGCGAGCGUCAAAGAUGCAGGUGACACUGAGAGAGUCUCGCUCUCUUGAUGACCUUGAGUUGGAGGCAACUAGAAGCCGCCGCGCCGAGUUGGAGAUGACUUCGAUAGCGGGCCGGGUAGCACCGCCCGUCGAUAAUCCAGACGCCAGAAGCCGGCAUUUGUCUAUCAACGACAAGCCAUACCCAACCAGUACCCUCCUUCAUUUGCCCCAAGCCCGGUUUGUCAAGGCCAACACAACGACGAUCCGGAAGUCUCCCACCUUUGUGAGACGCGUGCCAAAGCCUGCAAGAGAUUGUUACGUCGAUCGAGGGACGGACGCCGCUGCAGACAUGCAGGAGGACCUGGAUGAGCCCUUCCAGCCGCUUCUGCCAAUAUUGGAAGACCUUUCAAUCCACAUGACCAGCCAGGCAACUGAUGCGGUCCUUGGAAUGGUAAUUGAGUACUUCAAGGCUGGAGCAUUUCCCGUCGCACCAUUUCCUGCUUCACUGCAGACUUUGCCGACUGAUUCUUGCCCGUCGACCCCCAGGACGGCAGAUUUGUUCGAUCUGGAACAAGAUGCAGAUGCAGGCCUAUCCCCUGUCAUUGAGCAUCCAGGAGCUGAAGAAGCAGGGGAGUACGACCCAUUCGCGGCUCGAGGACGCGAUGUCAGAGCAUCUUGCCUUGCUCUCCAACCACCGAGCCCCCCUCCCCCAGCAAGUGUGCCGCCGGACUCGCGUCAGCCACCGAUCUCAGCCCCGAUAUCUCCAAUGAUACAAAGGGACAUGGAGUCUAGGUUCCACGACUUCUCAACUACAGGAAGUCUGAACGCAGUCGCGACGCAGAAUGCACUCAGAUCCGUGUUAGAGGUGUACUUUCCCCCACCUGACAGCAGCUGCCCCCAUCAGAUCGACUUCCCAAUGCUUCAGGAUAUCGGUAGCCUAUGGCGGCCGAUCUUCGGUAAAAAGGCAACCUCGGAUUGCGGCGAUGACAAUUCCGAGAACACGCCAGACUUGAUUCUCGCGAUGGGUCGCCAGAAUGGUGUCAAGAGGGAAUUGCUUUCCACACUCACUGGCCAGGUGGAAAGGCUCGGCACAAAGUCGAGCGGGAUGUCCCGAAGCGGUCGUUUGGAUCUGAGGUAUCUGGUAGCCAACGCGAUGCAAUCACUCGCUGUUCAGGCGGUGGCUCACCACACCCAGACCAAACCUUCCAACGACCCCUACUUCCUGGCUGGCCUCGUAGUCCCUCAGCUUGAGGCAUACCUAGCAGCCAACUAUGGCACUCGCUUCCUCCUGCUGGAAUACCCAGCGGAGCAUCUGGCGACGGUGCUGGCUCUUCAGAGACUGAUCGGCUCCGAGUUGUUCAAGGUCGCUGGGAUAAUUGAUUCGGAGGCGACCUCUCCUUCUCCAAUCGGUGUCUCAUCCCCGAUCUCGAGCAGAAAUAAUUCCUACUCUACCGUUCCGUUGAGCAAUACAGAUGCCUGUGGUCUGGACUCCUUUAAUCUUCCGGGCUCACCCUUCCCAGGCAAAGGGCCGGACACACAACCGGAAAAUCCGAAAUACUCCUUCUCUGAGGCCAACUAUCUCCUCACGAGCUCAGCUACUGCAUCUGAGAUAUCAGCCUUCACCGCGACCAUCCUGAAGGACCUAACCGACAUUGACAACUUCUAUACGCCCGAUGCAAGCAACCCGCCACCCGGCCGGCCCGGCACGGCCGCCGCCGGCACAGCCCUUCCAGCGCUGAUGAGCAAGUUCACUUUGCAGGGGCCCAACGGUUCACCGGCUUACACGCACACCGCCGUGCUCGGCCCUGCUGUGAACCUGCCAGUGUCGCCCCCAUACACCAAUGACGGGGACGCUGGGUCCGGAAGGAGCACCCCACGAGUCGUCGCGGCCUCCGGAUUAGCUGCGCACAACUUUCCCUUUCCGCCUCCCCCUGCCCCACGGUCGCCCUCACCAGCCCCAUCCGUCGCCAGCUCAAGAUCACGUGGGCCAGGUGGCCCGCACGGCGCGCGAGCGCGGUCGCAAACCCGGCGGAGGCUAGGAAGGAUGGGUAAUGAGGGCGGCCCUGACGAUGCGGCCAGCAUGUACGCCGUCAGUGUUGUGGAAGACGGCGAAUUUUACGAUGAGGAAGAGAAGCGGCUGAUGCCUCUAUACUUGCGGCAGAGCGAAAUGAGAAAAGGCAACAGUCGGAAGGCUUUAAAAUGGCUUGGUUUAGCAUAAGCUGAUCUAGUAAUAUACUUAUAUAUGUU